CCGGGCCGGGCGGGGCGGGCGCAGUCCCCGCCCCCGGGGCGCUCCCGCCGCUUCCUGCGGGCACGGCCGGGCCGGGGCGGCGGCGCGCGACCCGUCCUGCACCCCACCAGUGCUGAGGGAUGCCGGCAUGCCGGUGCCCGCCUGCCUGCAGCACCCUACCCUGAGCCCGGUGCUGGAGCCCGGCCACGCCAUGGAGGAGCCGGCUGGCGGCGGGGCCGAGCCAUGGGCUGAGGGGCUGUGCAACAGCAACAACAACGCUUCCCCCGGGGGGUGGCCGGGUGGCCGUGGUGGGCACCCCCUGGCACCUUUUGGUGGCCCCGGGGCCGAGCCCAGCUACCUGGGGCGGGUGGUGCUGGAGAUUGUGGAGUCGGAGCGCACCUACGCCCGUGACCUGCGCAGCAUCGUGGAGGGUUACCUGGGCAAGAUUAUCGAUGCGGAGGAGCCAGUGCUGCGGCCGGAGCAGGUCAGCGCGCUUUUCGGCAACAUCGAGGACAUUUACGAGCUCAGCAGCACCCUGCUGCAAAACCUGGAGAGCUGCGCCAAUGACCCCGUGGCCGUGGCUGUCUGCUUCGUCACCCGGAGCCAGGAGUUUGCCAUCUACACCCAGUACUGCAACAACUACCCCAGCUCGGUGGCGGCGCUGGCUGAGUGCAUGAGGAGCAAGCCCCAGGCCCGGUUCCUCCGUGAGUGCCAGGAGCGGCUGCGGCACGCGCUGCCCCUCGGUGCCUACCUGCUCAAGCCCGUCCAGAGGAUCCUCAAGUACCACCUGCUGCUCCAGGAGAUCGCCAAGCACUUUGAGCACAAGUCAGGGGACGACUACGAGGUGGUGCUGGAGGCCAUUGACACCAUGACCUGUGUCGCCUGGUACAUCAACGACAUGAAGCGCAAGCACGAACACGCCAUCCGCCAGCAGGAGAUCCAGUCGCUUCUGCUGGGCUGGAAGGGACCGGACCUGACCAGCUACGGGGAGCUGGUGCUGGAGGGCACCUUUCGGGUGCAGCGGGUGCGCCACGAGCGCGCUGUCUUCCUCUUCGACAAGACCCUCCUCAUCACCAAGCGCCGUGGUGACCACUAUGUCUACAAGAGCCACAUCCCGUGCUCCUCGCUGAUGCUGAUCGAGAGCACACGGGACUCGCUUUGCUUCAGCCUGGCUCACUACAAGCAUGGCAAGCAGCAGCACAGCCUGCAGGCCAAAAGUGUGGAGGAGAAACGUGUGUGGACCCAUCACAUCAAGCGGCUCAUCCUGGAGAACCAUCACGCCAUCAUCCCCCAGAAGGCUAAGGAAGCCAUCCUGGAGAUGGACUUGUUCUACCCCCCACGCCUUCCCCGCUGCAGCCCCGAGCGCCUGAAGAAGAGCUGGUCCUGCCAGCCCCUGGCUGACCCCGCUGCUGAGCUGCGCCAGGGCCGCCGGCAGUCCGAGCCCUUCCAGCACCGGGACCGUGCGGAGACACUGCCAGACCGGCUGCACGGGCACACGGGGCGCAGGCAGUCAGAGCCUGCCAAAGAGAUCCUGCGGCAGCUGGGUGAGCAAGGGCUGAAGCACGCUGACAGCGACGGGGCUCUCCUGGAGGCGGGGGAGCCCCCCCAGCACCCCAGAGCCUGGGCAGUGACUGAAGGUGUGGUGGAGGAGGAAGAGGAGGAGGAAGACGAAGAAGAGGCUUUAGACAAGGAAUGCCAGGAGGAGCUGCCUGGCGCUGUGGACCUGCCAGAGCCGCAGGAGGAGCAGGUACCCACCCCAGCCCCCCAAACCCCACAGAGGGUACCUACUGCUCCCGAGGGACCCAGCACCCACCUGCCUGCCCCUCCGCAGGCCAGCAGCACCAGGGAGCACCCCGAGGGGCCAGGGGCACCUGAAGCCCCCUCCUCGGCGGGGACCCCGGCACCGGUGCUGCCUGGUGGGGAGAGGGAGCCGGAGCGUGCUGCAGAGGAUUUGCAGGGGCUGAGCAGUGAGGAGGAGGAGGAGGAGGAGGAAGAAGGAGCUGCCAGCAGCAUCCUGCCCCCCUCGGUGCUGGACCAGGCCAGCGUCAUCGCAGAGCGCUUCGGUGGUGGCGGCAGCUUCUCCCGCCGCAGCAGCCUGGCGCUGGAGGGGCGGCCGGCCAGCCGCAGUGGCAGCGCGCUCAGCCUGGAUGGUGCCCCCCCACUCGAGGCCGGGGAGCCUGGGGGGUCCCGCAGCACCGUCCCUUCACCCGAGCCCCUGGCCGGAGCCCGUCGGGAGUCACUACUCUCCAGCCGGGACCGCCUGCUCCUUGACAAGAUUAAGAGCUACUACGGGCACGCCGAGCACCAGGACGCCAGCUUCAGCGUGCGCCGCCGCGAGAGCCUCUCCUUCAUCCCUAAGGGACUGGUGCGAAGCUCCAUCUGCCGCCUCAACGGCCUCCCCCGGCCCCCGGCAGCCUCUGAGCCCCCCACCCAGCCAGCGCCAGAGGGGCCCGAGGCAUCGCCAGAAGAGCCGUGCCAGGAGAACGGGCUGCAGCCCCUUGAGCCACAGCCCCCCGAGCCGCUGCUCAUCCUGGAGGAGGACGACCUGGGCACCGGGGGUGAGGGGCUGCCGGCUGGGCCACCGCCGAGGCUGCUGCUGACCCCACCGCACCCUGGCACCAAGGUGUACCAGCUGGCACGGCAGUACAGCCUCCGCAUCAAGAGCCGCCGUGCCGGUGCCCGAUGCCCCCCAGCACAGCCAGAGGAGGGGGACCUGUGCACCGGCACCCCCUCGGUGGUUGUGCCACGCCAUGGGGGGCUGGCGGUGGCCCCCUCCUCGGGUGUCCCCCGCAGUCCCUCCAGCCCUGGCAAUACUGAGCCCUUCACCUGGCCUGAUGUGCGGGAGCUUCGUGCCCGUUUUGGUGCCCCACGGCCCCCACCGGUGAGCCGCAGCCGCUCGGCACCUGACGGGCCGUGCCGGGGCGGCCGGCCAGCCGAGAAGGAGCGAGGCAGCGGCCGGAGCCGGAGCGCCGAGGCGGGCGGGGGUCCCAGCACCCCUGAGCCAGCGCCGGCACGGCACAGCAGUGACGGGGCGCUGUGGGUGGCAGCAGAGGCUCCCCUGGGUCCCGGGCAGCGGGUGCUGGUGCUGGAGCAGCUGCCAGCGCCUGCUGAGCCCCCCACCUACGUGCAGAUCCGCUCGCCCACCACCCGGGAGAAGAUCUGCUUGAAGGCAGUGGUGGAGCGCUGCAAAGCCUACCAGGCCUCUGAGGAGUACCGGCGGCGCUGCCCCGAGCCCCUCGACACCCCUGAGCCCCCCCGCCACGGCCUCGUCAGGGACCUGCGGCAGAAAUUUCAGACCCUUGAUGCUGCCAGCUAGGUGGGUGACAGGGAGAAGGGGUGUCCCACAGACCCCCAGAAGAAAGAGCACCCUGUGGACCAACCUACCUGGAAGAAGGGGCACCCGUGGACCCCCAGCUCACUUGAGAGGAGGAGCACCCUGCGGACCUCCAACCUACCUGGAAGAAGGGGCAUCCCAUAGUCCCCCAGCUCGCCUAGAAGCAGAGGCACCCAUGGACCCCCAGCUCCCUCAGAAGGAGCACCUUGUAGACUUCCAACCUACCUGGAAAAAGGGGCACCCUAUGGACACCCAGCCUGCCCAGGAGAAGGAGCACCCUUGGGACCUUCAACCCGCCCAGGAGCAGGGGCACCCCAUGGACCUCCAGCUCACCUGGGAGAAGGAGCACCCUGGGGACCCUCAACCUGCCCCAGAGCAGGGGCACCCCAUGGAUCCCCCAGCUCUCUCAGGAGGAGCAGCACCCUGGGGACCUCCAACCUACCUGGAAGAAGGGCCACCCCAUGGCCCACCAGCCCACAGGAGAAGGGCCACCUCAUGAACCUCCAACGUGCCCAGGAGCAGGGGCACCCCACACACACACCCCAGCACCCAGCACUGCACCCAGCUCGCUUUCACAUCUUUAUUAGAAAAAAACCAAAAACCAAA